UAAUGGGGGGUGGGGAAUGGGGUACACUUGUGCAAUUAGAGAAAUUGAAUGUGCAAUUAGAGAAAUUGAAUCCCCCCAUUCGCACGGGAGGAAGAACAACCAGCAGCCGACGUCCUAUUUCUGAAGGGCGACGCCGAAGACGCGCCGCCUGCACUGCGACGGUGCGUCCUCCCUCCACGGCUCCACCACCACCCUCAAUUGGUCCAGCUCUCUAGCUUAAGGAAGAUGGGAAAUCUAUUAGGCUGUAUCCAAGUUAAUCAGUCCACUGUGGCGAUUAAGGAACAUUUUGGUAAGUAUGAGGAUGUGCUAGAGCCAGGAUGCCACUGUGUGCCUUGGUUCCUCGGAAGCCAAGUGGCUGGUCAUCUCUCACUCCGUGUGCAGCAAGUGGAAGUCCGUUGUGAGACCAAGUCCAAGGACAAUGUAUUUGUCAAUGUUGUGGCAUCGAUUCAGUACCGAGCCCUUGCUGGAAAGGCAAAUGAUGCCUUUUAUAAAUUGAGCAACACUAAGGGUCAAAUUCAGGCAUACGUUUUUGAUGUAAUCAGGGCCAGCGUUCCCAAACUCAAUCUUGAUGAUGUUUUUGAGCAAAAAAAUGAUAUCGCCAAGGCUGUUGAAAAUGAACUUGAGAAGGCUAUGUCUGCUUAUGGCUAUGAGAUUGUUCAGACUCUAAUUGUUGAUAUUGAACCGGAUGAGCACGUUAAGAAAGCUAUGAAUGAAAUCAAUGCUGCUGCUAGGCUAAGGCUUGCUGCGAAUGAGAAGGCAGAGGCUGAAAAGAUUUUGCAGAUAAAGAGGGCAGAGGGGGAGGCUGAGGCCAAGUACCUCGCAGGGUUAGGUAUUGCUCGCCAACGACAAGCCAUUGUGGAUGGGCUUAGAGACAGUGUUCUAGGGUUCUCGGUCAACGUCCCGGGAACCUCAGCCAAAGAUGUCAUGGACAUGGUUCUAGUCACCCAGUACUUUGACACAAUGAAGGAAAUCGGUGCUACCAACAAAUCAUCCACCGUCUUCAUCCCUCAUGGGCCCGGAGCAGUUCGUGACGUGGCUUCUCAGAUCCGUGAUGGCCUUCUCCAGGCUUCUCACCGUGACUAACGACCUCCGUAAAUGCUCAUACCUCCAAACUUUGUGUUCAUACAAAUGUUUAGCAGAUAGUCUUGAUGGUCUGAUCUUUUGGAGAAUGGACUUAGAUGGUACGGGCCUGGGAAUUGUCGCACAGUUAUUGUGAAUUGUUCUUUGCCAUUUUUAAGUUACCCUUUGAUAGCUAGCUGGGUGCCAAAAAAGUCUUUCUGCUCCUACCUUAUUUGCUAGUUCUGGAGUACCUAAAGUUGGUCAAAAACAGGAGUAAAAGAGAGUAAAGUCUUGCAUUAUACUUAUUCACCAGAGCAGGAAAGAAAUAGUGGAAAUGAUC